CUGUAAAUUCAAUGCUUUAGACAUAAUAAAUCAACUUUCCUUUUACGAAUUGCGAAUAUGUACAAUUACACUUUGAGCUCAAGCAUCUUACGUACUAAAUAAUCGCACGUUGGAAAUGCUUGGCAGCAGACUAUCGUACUUGUUCACAUUCCAUAGGUAGGCGUUGGUCGCAGUUUUUCAGUUGCCACCAUGGAUGGUUUGGAGUCUGCUGCAAUUUCCAUUCUGAAGCGGGCAGUGGACCUGGAUGCAAAACACCGAUGGACAGAGUCAAUGACAUGCUAUCAGGAGGGACUUCAGCUUCUAAUGGAAGUAAUCAAGGGGCUGCCGGAGAGUCCGCGGCGCCUGGCCUUCCGCACAAAGGCCACCGAGUACAUGGACCGGGCGGAGAAGCUGAAGGCGCUGAUCGAGUCUGAGAAGAAGCUGGGCAAGUACCACGAGCAGGUGCACAUCGAGGACAACUCAACUGGCCACAGCUACGAAAGCGUGCUCGGCCGCUUCCUGGACGGCCGCGUCAGGAGCGUCGAGGUGGAGGACCCCUACAUCCGCAGCGUGCACCAGUGCUACAACCUACUCCGGCUAUGCGAACUGUGCGUGAAGAAGUGCCCAAAUCUGCAGUUCAUCCGACUGUUGACCGGCAGUGACCCGGGCGACGAGCAUGCGCAGAAGGCGCGACUCACAGAGAUCUGCACAUCCAUGGCAGACUUUGGCGUCAAGUUGAUCGUCAACUACUCUGACACGCUUCACGACAGAGAGAUACGGCUGGACAGUGGCUGGAUCAUCAAGAUAGGCAGAGGCCUCAGCUACUUCAAACCGCCCGCAGGAAAGUUCUGUCUGGGCUUCAACGACUUUGAUCUGCGGCCAUGCCACGAGACCACCGUCGACAUAUUUCACGAGUCAGCGUCAAAGUAGCAUUGCACCAGACUUCCUCUACAUGCUAGGCAGGGUGUCACGUAUGACGUCUUCCUGAAAACUGAUGGUGCAGAUUUUCCCAGCACCGUUGUGAUAGAGCGUGUGACUCGUUUUUCGAGCCGUAAAAACUUACUGCUCGGAGGUGUGACGUGACGGGCCCAGUCGCGCAACAGUAUGCGUACAGUUUCUAGAGGAAUGUGAGUUGCAGAGCGCUCCGUGUUGUGCGGUAGCGUGGUGACUUUGCCAAUGUAUAAUGAACCGCGAGUGACGGAUUUUGUGAUCACCUAUGCCAUGUUGAUAUGGGGCAAGCGGCCUGGAUCGGUGCUGCUUGUCUUUGACGAAGGCGCGAUUGCUAUUGGAUUUUGCCUGUACGUCAAUUUCAUGCAUAGUUUUUGUACAUCAUGUCAACUCCAUGAUAUGCUUUUAAUACAAGUAC